AAUAUAUAAGCCGAGAUCUACAAAAACAAAACAAGCUCUUCAAGCGCACGUUAACCGAUAUGACACUCACCCCGCGUAUGUUAGCUCGCACCCAUGCUUCACACACCGCCUGUGUUUACGAUCUUUCUCUUUCUCUCCGCAACAACAUACCUUAUCCUACGCACCCUUUCGUUACCUUCUUCCCUUUCUUCUCUCCCACUCCUUUUAGGGUUAAGUUCUAUUCUCUUUCCUCAAACCACUUCUCUCGCUCUAUGCUCUCUCGGAUAAUUAGGGUUCUUCACUCAUCGAUACCUUCAAUUAGCGCAUGGAUAACACUAACAAAUCCAACACUUCCCUUUCCUACUCUACUCUCUUCAACAUCGAGCCUUUGAUGAACUUUCAACUUCCAAUACACGAUGAUGAAUUUGAUUAUUACGGGAAUAGUAGUCAGGAUGAAGAUAGCAGAGAUAAUGGAGGUGGGGCAAUUUCAAAUCACACUAAUGGGAAUAUGCAUUCGAUGGAUGUGAAUUUGUUGAAGAAGAGGGUGAGGUCACAAAAAAGUGACGACGAAGGCAAAGGAGGUUUUUACGGGACAUACAUGACAGAGGAGAGGUAUCGGUCAAUGCUGGGCGAUCAUGCUCAGAAUUACAAGAGGAGGUCUAAGGAUGCAUCCUCUACUCCUGCCCAAAAUUGUGCUGUUGUCCCGCUUAUGAAAAGUAAUAAUGGCGUUAAAACUCAGAAGUUAGCGAAUGAUCAUCAGGGAGGAUUGCAUGCUGCUGAUACUUUAUCCGGAUGGUUGUAUAAUUCCAAUUCUCAAAAACAUGGAAACUAUCGCAAUGCAGAUUUUGUGCAGAGUAAUGGCACUGAUAGGGUUAUGUAUGAACCUUCUAUUUUAGAAAUUGGGGAUGGGGUCACAUACAAAAUUCCUCCAGUUUAUGAUAAGCUGGCUACGUCGUUGAACCUUCCAAGUUUCUCGGAUAUCCAUGGGGAUGAAUUUUACUUGAAGGGUACCUUGGAUUUGGGGUCGUUGGCUGCAAUGAUGGCUUCUGACAAAAGGUUAGGAAAUAAAAACCCAGCUGGCAUGGGUGAACCCCUAUCUCAAUACGAAUCUCUUCAGGCACGAAUAAAGGCCAUGUCAACUUCAAGUUCACCUCAAAAAUUCAGUCUGAAUGUGUCUGAUAUUGGUCUCAAUUCAUCCAUUCCGGAAGGGGCUGCUGGAAGCAUAAAGCGGUCUAUUUUGUCUGAGGGAGGUGUGUUGCAGGUUUAUUAUGUAAAGGUUUUGGAAAAAGGUGACACUUACGAGAUCAUUGAGCGAAGCUUACCCAAGAAGCAAAAGGUAAAGAAAGAUCCUGCAUCAAUUGAGAAGGAGGAAAUGGAUAGAAUUGGAAAGAUAUGGGUAAACAUUGUAAGAAGAGACAUACCAAAGCAUCAUAGGAAUUUUACUGCUCUUCAUCGAAAGCAACUCAUUGAUGCUAAGAGGUGCUCAGAAUACUGUCAAAGAGAGGUUAGAAUGAAAAUUAGUAGAUCACUUAAAUGGAAUAGGGGUGCUAGCAUUCGCACCCGGAAACUAGCUAGAGACAUGUUGCUGUUCUGGAAACGAAUAGAUAAGGAGAUGGCCGAAGUGAGAAAAAGAGAGGAGAAAGAAGCUGCUGAAGCUUUGAGACGUGAACAGGAGCUCCGAGAAGCUAAGAGACAGCAGCAAAGGCUUAACUUUCUGAUACAACAAACUGAGCUCUACAGUCACUUUAUGCAGAAUAAGUCAGAUUUACUAUCUUCGGAAGCUUUACCUAUGGUAGAGGAAAAAACAAAUGAUCAAGAUGCACCGUUCGACUCAUCAGAUGCUGGGCCUAAUGAGGAAGAAGAUCCUGAAGAAGCUGAAUUGAAGAAAGAAGCUUUGAAGGCUGCUCAAGAAGCAGUGUCUAAGCAGAAAAAGUUGACUGAUGCUUUUGACAAUGAAUGUUUGAGGCUGCGACAGGUGGGUGAAGCAGAUUCACUUACGCAAGAAGUUGCAGGAGCGAGUAACAUUGAUUUGCAAACCCCAUCAACCAUGCCUGUAGCAUCCACAGUUCAAACACCCGAAUUAUUUAAAGGUUGUCUAAAAGAAUACCAGCUGAAAGGUCUCCAAUGGCUAGUUAAUUGUUAUGAGCAGGGUUUAAAUGGUAUACUUGCUGAUGAGAUGGGACUUGGAAAGACUAUACAAGCUAUGGUUUUUUUAGCCCACUUAGCUGAGGAGAAAAACAUAUGGGGGCCUUUUCUGGUUGUUGCACCCGCUUCUGUAUUGAACAAUUGGAAUGAGGAACUUGAGCGCUUCUGCCCUGGACUUAAACGACUUCCGUAUUGGGGAGGGCUUUCUGAGCGGACAGUACUUAGGAAAAGUAUUAACCCAAAGGACCUUUAUCGUAGGGAAGCUAAAUUUCAUGUUCUCAUUACAAGCUAUCAGCUAUUAGUAGCUGACGAGAAGUAUUUUCGUCGCGUGAAAUGGCAGUACAUGGUUUUAGAUGAAGCUCAGGCAAUCAAAAGCGCAAACAGUAUAAGAUGGAAAACACUUCUCAGCUUUAACUGUCGGAAUCGUCUACUGCUGACUGGUACCCCUAUUCAGAAUAAUAUGGCAGAGUUGUGGGCUCUUCUGCACUUCAUUAUGCCAACUUUAUUUGACAGCCACGAGCAGUUUAAUGAGUGGUUCUCAAAAGGAAUUGAGAAUCAUGCAGAGCACGGGGGUACUUUGAAUGAGCACCAGCUUAAUAGACUGCAUUCAAUUCUAAAACCUUUCAUGCUACGGCGUGUCAAAAAAGAUGUAGUUUCUGAGUUGACACAAAAAACCGAGGUUAUGGUGCAUUGCAAAUUGAGCUCUCGACAGCAAGCUUUCUAUCAAGCAAUUAAGAACAAAAUAUCUCUUGCUGAACUGUUUGAUAGUAAUCGCGGACAGCUUAACGAGAAGAAGAUUCUGAAUUUGAUGAAUAUUGUUAUUCAAUUGAGGAAGGUUUGUAACCAUCCAGAGUUAUUUGAAAGGAGUGAAGGAAGCACAUACUUUUACUUUGGUGAGAUUCCAUAUUCCCUUCCACCUCCUCCAUUUGGCGAGUUGGAGGAUGUAUACUAUGCUGGAGGUCUCAACCCCAUAACAUUUCAGAUACCAAAGCUUGUGUAUCAGGAGAUUAUGCAAAGCUCUGAGACUCUCAGUUCAGCUGUUGGCCGUGGUGUCUACAGAGAAACAUUUCAGAAACAUUUUAAUAUUUUUAAACCAGAAAAUAUCCAUCGAUCUAUUUUCUCUGAAAAAACAAAUGUUGAAAGUGGAAACUUUGGUUUUACCCAUUUGAUGGAUUUGUCUCCGCCAGAAGUGGCAUUUUUGGCCACUGGUUCUUUCAUGGAGCGGCUAUUAUUUUCUAUGAUGAGAUGGGAACAAAAAGUCUUUGACGAUGUUGGAGACUAUCUUGCAGAAUAUGUUGUAGAUGAUCCUGAAUGUAAUAUCCUUGAAAAAGGUAAGGUGAGAGCUGUUAUAAGAAUGUUAUUGCUGCCGCCCAGAUCUGAGACCAGGUUUCUUAAAAAAAAAUUUGCAACUGGGCCCUCCCAUGCUCCUUUCGAGGGAUUGGUAGUCUCACAUCAGGAUAGGCUUUUAUCUAAUGCAAGGCUUCUUCACUCAGCAUACACAUACAUCCCACCAACAAGAGCUCCACCUAUUGGUGCUCAUUGCUCGGAUAGAAACUUCUCCUAUAAAAAGAUUGAAGAAUUACAUGAUCCUUGGCUUAAGAGGUUUUUUGUGGGAUUUGCACGUACAUCUGAAUGUAAUGGGCCUAGAAAGCCCAAUCACCAUCAUCCUCAUUAUUUAAUUCAAGAGAUCAAUUCUGAAUUACCUGUUUCACAGCCUGCAAUGCAGUUAACUCACAGUAUUUUUGGCUCCUCACCCCCUAUGCGGAAUUUUGACCCAGCAAAGUUGCUCACUGACUCUGGGAAACUUCAAACACUUGAUAUAUUACUGAAACGCUUACGGGCAGGAAAUCAUCGUAUUCUCUUGUUUGCCCAGAUGACUAAGAUGCUGAAUAUUUUGGAGGACUAUAUGAACUACAGAAAAUAUAAGUAUUUUAGACUUGAUGGAUCAUCUACAAUUCAGGAUCGCAGGGACAUGGUCAAAGACUUCCAACAAAGGAGUGAUAUUUUUGUGUUCUUACUGAGUACAAGAGCUGGUGGAUUGGGUAUCAACUUGACAGCAGCUGAUACGGUCAUAUUUUAUGAGAGUGAUUGGAAUCCAACAUUAGAUCUUCAGGCAAUGGAUAGAGCUCAUCGUUUGGGUCAGACAAGAGAUGUUACGGUUUAUCGACUUAUAUGUAAAGAGACAGUUGAGGAGAAGAUUCUUCUUAGAGCAAGUCAAAAAAGUACUGUACAGAACCUUGUCAUGACUGGUGGUUCUGUUGGUGGUGAUCUUUUAGCUCCUGAGGAUGUUGUAUCUUUACUUCUUGAUGAUGUUCAAUUGCAACAAAAGUUUAAGGAAAUCCCUCUCCAGGUGAAAGAUAAGCAAAAGAGAAAGCAAUCUAUGAAGGGUAUUCGGGUCAGCGAAGAUGGUGAUGCAUCUGUCGAAGAUUUCACAAACUCUGUAGCUCAAAGUGCUGCAGAUAAUGAUGCUUUCAUGGAGCCAGAGGGGUUAAAGUCCAAUAAUAAAAAGAGAAAAGCAACUUCAGACAAACAAACUUCAAGAUCAAAGAAUUGUAAGAAGACGAGUGAACAUGGAAGUAUGCCUAUAGAUAAACUGGAUGGUGCCCAUCUAAAUAAUGAUCCAGCGGGCCAGAAACCAAAGAGACCAAAGCGGGCAAAGAAGAAUGUAAAUGAAAAGUGUGAAGAAGGUUUUACUGGAACAACUACCAUAUUCCCUGAGCAGACCCAAUUUCCUCCUUCACAUGAUUUCACUUUUGGAGGUUCUAAAGCAGAGACAGUUCAAGACACAUGAAGACAUUGACUUUUAUUGAUAGUAUAAUUUACUAAACACGGGGCAUCAUAAUUCUGUUAAACUCUUCAAUUGACGUUUUUGGAUAAACUUCCAUGUCAGCCUCUUACUGAUUAUAGAUAUAUAGUAUUUUUUGGGGCAAUCCAUUUUGGCUAUACAUAGUUAGGGUGAAGCUGAGGCAAGACAGGCAAAAUUGUAUAACCUAGGCUGUAUAUAUAUGGUGAAUUGGUGAUAGUGCUAAGUAUAUGUUGCUUAUAUAGAGGUCCACCCCCUUCAGUGUCCUGACUUUGUGUAUAAAUUGAAUUAUUUUUUGCUAGUGAUUCAUUUUUCUGCUGUAAGCAAUAUUUA